CCCCGGACCAACGGCUAGCGCGCGCCGGCCGACGGCGGGCGGACACUGACUCUCGCGGGGGUGAUGACCGUGGCGCCACGCCGCCUCCUCCGUCCUCUCCUCGGCUCGCCGUUCCGGAUGGGAGACUCGCCCUCCAGGCUGCCCAGCAGAGCGGAGGCCCUGCCCGGCCGGAGCCAGAGCAUCCGGGUGUCAGCUAAACACCAUGUCAACGGAAACAGAACAGUGGAACCUUUCCCAGAGGGAACACAGAUGGUUUUAUUUGGUAUGGGAUGUUUCUGGGGAGCAGAGAGAAAGUUUUGGACACAGAAAGGAGUCUACUCCACUCAAGUGGGUUAUGCAGGAGGGUGUACCCCAAAUCCCACCUAUGAAGAGGUUUGUUCAGGGAAAACUGGCCAUACAGAAGCGGUGCGAGUAGUAUAUCAGCCAGAAAACAUCAGAUUUCAGAAACUGCUCAAGGUCUUCUGGGAGAAUCAUGACCCGACACAAGGAAUGAGGCAAGGUAAUGACUUUGGCACACAGUAUCGCUCGGCCAUCUACACGUUCUCUCAGGAACAGAUGGAAGCUGCUCUGCGAUCUAAAGAGGAUUAUCAAAAGGUAUUGACGGAGAGCGGUUUUGGCACAAUCACAACAGAAAUCCGUGAGGCUCCGGAGUUCUAUUAUGCUGAAGAUUACCAUCAGCAGUAUCUAAGCAAGAACCCCAAUGGCUACUGUGGACUUGGGGGCACUGGAGUAUCCUGUCCAGUUAGUAUUAAAAAAUAAUCCAUGCGCACACUACUGCACCAACAUUGUAUUAUGUUUUUGCUAGAAACAUAAAGUAAAGCAACUUGAUGUGUUGUUGGAUGAUUACUCCCGGGGGAGUUCUUUGCCAAAAAAUUAAAAAUUCUUUGCACAGUAUUUUACAAUUCUGCAAAAUUCUGCAUAUUUUAGUUGUCAAAAGAACACAAUAUAAUCACGCCAGUUCCAAUUACUUUGGUAAUUUAUUUCAAAAUACCUGUCAGCAAGUAUGUCUGUAACAAUACAGACAACGAAAAGAUUCAGGAAAUGUUUUCUGACAAAUAGAUUCCUUACUAGGCAUAUUAAUAAAGAACUUGAUGUAUCUUUGUUGACAGUUAUAUUCUGGUUCAGUGAAAUUAAAUAUUUCAUUUAAAAA